AACCGAGUCUUACAAAUGCAAUUGCUUAUUGACUUGAUGAACGUUUGCAUGACAGGGUUAUUGUCAUUGAGCGAGGGUGUGUCACCAGCUUGACAAUGCCUCUUUUCAAGUGAACUGAGGUAAGACUCCUAACAGCAGUGAAACCACUGGUGCUUUGUCUGCUGCAGAUGGCACAAAUUCCCUGGCAGAAGACGAGCAUUCCUGGAAAGGUUUAGCCGGUCCGGUGGUUCCAAGCAGACCCCGGAUCGUGUUACUGUGUAUCCGCUUAGCCAUGUUGUAUUGUGUAAACUGGGCUGUAGAAGUUACCCGAACACUGUCACGCAUUACAGCCAAGAUCUACGAUAGUGUAGUUUAACCAUGACAGUAACCUGUAGCAAAGAGAACCAGGACAGGCUGUCUUAAAACACACAUACUGUAAAUAAUAUUGUAAUGUAAUUCAAAUAAAGAAAUACACGUGUACUGCAUUGUAAGAAACCAAAGCAGAUUCACGGAGUAUUGUCAGCAGUUUCCAAGCCAGCAGAACAGCUGAUAAUAAUUGUGCUUUAAUUCUGAGGACCUUUCUCCAUUUUGUUACGCAACUUGAAGAACAUUUUAAUGAUAGUAUACGCUGUGCCAACUUUUUUUCUAGAAGUUAUGUAACGUGCAAAGUAACAUUUUCCAAAACCGUUUUUGGGAAUGACGUAAUGCCUAACUAAAGACCGCACCGACUGCAAAAGCUACCGAGUAGGGAAACUGAAAGAAACCUAUGCAGUUUUCAACUCGGCCGACAAAGCAAAGUAGUGGGCAAACCUAACCUGGCAACUUCUGGAACCCAUUAUGGUAUUCACAAGGAGUCCUUUUAACUCGCUUCCAUUAUUGAUUUUAACAGUGGGCAGCUGUUGUUCAGUGUGCGUGGAGGUCCCGUCAGAUAACUUGGCGGUGCUGGGCACUAACAUGAAGCUGACCUGUAUCUCCUGUAUGAGGAGGGAGGAGGUCAGCGCUGAAACCCAGGUGGAGUGGCUCUACACGUCGCCCGAGGGGGAAAACAUCACGAUGUGCAGCUAUUACGGUGGUGUGCAGGGGGAGAUUUGCCCGUAUAAGGAUCGCUUGCUGUGGAACGGCAGCAAGGAUUUCCAGGAUGUCUCGGUUUCCCUGAUUAACGUCACUAUGAACGACACGGGGAGGUACACCUGCAGGGUCAGGAGGGACUUCAACUUCGAGAUACACAGGCACUUCAUCAUAGACGAGAAGUACAUUGAUCUGCUGGUCACAGAGGAAGUCGGUGAGGACUUCACUGCAGUCAUCUCUGAGAUUAUGAUGUACGUUCUGCUGGUGUUCCUGACUCUCUGGCUGCUCAUAGAGAUGGUUUACUGCUACAUAAAGAUCUCAAGGGCAGAGGAGGUGGUGCAGGACAAUGCGGAAAGCGUGGGAUCACUGGAGCAAGGGAAGACGCCUGAACUCCCAGAAUCAAUACAGGGAAGGUGUGCCGCACUGUGAUGAUCCAGUAGCUUGCAAUUCCGGACAGUAUUCGUACGUGUUAGUCAGCAGUCUUCGAGCACCCACCAUCGCGAGUUAACAAACCCAAGCUCAACUGCCUUUUCGUUCGUGUAGCAUGCUGUUCGGAGGAUGUGGUCAGUGUUUACUUCACUACUGUUUCAUUAUUUUGUUUAUUGGUUUUAUUUUAUACAUUUACAUUUGUGUGCCUGAAACCACGCCCUUAACCCAGGGGUGACACAAUCGUCUGUGCUCUGUGUAAUGUGUGCUUCACAAUACUUAAGGGGCCUCUCUGUAUCACAGAAUACAUGGCAUAGAUGUGUUAUGUCGCGAUCACAAGAUAAAUGGUCUCGGGUUCCUGACAUAUAUUUCUAACUGUUAUGUUGUUAUCACAAGAUCAUUUAUUUGUACUGUCAGUUUGUGAGUCAAUGAAACCGAAGUCUGGAAAAUGGAAAGAUCCACUACACAGUGACAGUGUUCAGGUGGCCUUACUGGAUCUAAGAAGCAAUAGGAAUGUGUGCAUGUUAUUGAUGUGGUUAUUUCUGCAUGCUAUUGUGACACCUCAAACGCAGAAUGUGUGUGUGUGUGUGUGUGUGGUAUACCUGUGGUAGCAUAUAGAAUAGCAAUGGAAGCCUUUAAAUGUGAGUUGGAUUUAAUGUAAAUGAAUGCAGGCUUAACGAUUUAUACUUAGCAGUGUGCUGUGUGAGUAUUGUGUUUUAAACAGUCGUGCAGAAAAGGAUUACAUACAAAUCACCCAGUAAUGCUACUAACAUUGUUUUUUGCUAAUAAGAUUACAUCUGUUUAGUUUUAUUAUUAAUAGUUAUGUAACCUUUGAUUUCGCAAGGGGAGCGCUAACUUUGGGCAGCCUGAGCGAUUAAUCGAAAGUGCGGUUAAUUUCCGAUUAUUAAAUUAAACACCAAAACCGAAUUUGAACGAUUAAUAAACUGGACAAUUUCGAUCGAUUAUGAUACUACAAAACGUCACGUUUUCUUCAUGGUUACUCAUUAUAAAAACUGCUUCUGUAGUCAAGGGAACCUCGGCACACGCCCUUCUCUGAAGCUCCCAUCACGAGCAAAAACUUUCAGGGAGCGCAGCGUAUCAAAACUCCUCGUUAUAAAGACU